CUGAAUGAGGAUCCUCUCAAGGAGUGGGUAACUCGAACGGUAGAGGCUUCUGGAAUAGCUGAAGAGAAUAGUGCUGAGGAAUCAAAUGAGGGAGCUCAAAAUGAUGGACCCCAACAAAUUGAGAUUGAGUGAGGGCCUAGCAGGCUGUUGGGCGGCGCUUUCCAACUAAUAAUCGGAUGAUGGACAAGGAUCUAGCUGCACAGGCCUGAAGCCUGAAGGGCAUCCUUCGCUUGUAAGUUUCCGACUGCAACUUGCUUGCGAGCUGUGUUAUUAUGGUUGUGGAAUGGUUGGCAUUCCAGUGCCAGUAGCUGUUAUCGUCGCUGUUUUGACCAAUGACGUGAACACAAGUGAUAACUCAUUGCAACUGCUAUCUGCCUGACGAUGACUUCAUUUCCUCCCUAGUUUGUUAUGCUUCUUGUUGGAGAAGGAUCGCCUUUGAAUGCUGACCGAAAAACGCUGUGAAUUCACAUCCAGAAAAUUUCCUCCAAAUAGGUAUAUAAAUUUGAACUUCAGUUGGUACUAGUAGCAGUAAUCAAUUCGGUAUUCAGAGAAUCAUAUAGACUGAAGUGUUGCGAAUAUGAGUAUUAUUAUGCCUUACAUGUAGCAUAGAGCAUAGCACACACAUCAUUUGCAUUGGUCACCGCAAAUUUGGUUUUAAUUACAUCGUUUUCGUUUGCAAAGUUUUCCCUCCCUAAGGAAGAAUUUCCUUUUAGAGUUGGACUCUUCAUCAUGUACCAACUUUUUAUAUAUUUAAAUUGCAAUUAUACCUCUCCCCCCAGUGCUCGUAUGUGUGAACUUGACUUGCUACAGUGAAGAAGGAACUCUUCGACACCAAGCAUGGCUGAAAGCUCUUCGACACCGGGGUCAUGGGAUACAGUUCAAUGUCGUCCUAAUAAAUGACAAUGUUGUGGUCUUUUAAAUCAGUCAAUCAAUCAAGCAAUCAAAUAUUUUAUUUUAUCAUCUUCAUAGUUUAGUUUCCCUCGAGCUUAAGAGACCAUAAUACCACAGACACCUGGCUCGGGAUAGAAACAGGUCCUUGCAAUCAAACUACACAGACACAAUCAGAGCGGCAUCCUGAGACGCCACUGUCAGUACACCUGUCUUUUGGUGCCGUGGAGGGAGAGCUACUGCUCAUGCAAGUGACCUGAUCAUUAUCGUGCCAUUGUCGUGCCCAACUGAAGCACCAUCAGGCAUCCAUCCCCGAAAUUUUGCAAGGAAGGAUGCCAUCUGAAACCCACAAAUCAUGGCAAUGGCACCCCCUUUGCUGUUUCGUCCACGGCUCCUCACACGCACUGUCACGCUUCACGCCCCACCCCCGUACGUUCAUCGCCAUGUUGACACGCAUUUGAUGUUCACCGCAGUUAGGUAGCCCAUGCAGAUGGUUUCCGUUUCCAUGCCAUGCCCCAUGCAUCCUUUGCUGAUGAUGACUUGACCGCCUAUAUAAGAGAACAGUGUUACCGUGACCUCACCUGCACCGGUAAAGUAACUAGUGGCAAGUGGUACUGUAAAACAUCACAUCGUCGCACCGUGACGGUGUUCGGCCGAGCCGGUCGAUCGACACGGCAGCCAGCAUGAAGGCGUCCUGCUUACUGGUCGUGCUUCUGCUCGCCGUCGCCACGGGGAGCAGGCUCUCGCUCGCCGCCCGCGAGGGCAGCACCCUGGGCGGCGAGCUCGGCAAGCUCAUCGCCAAGGCCGGCAGCUUCCUCACGUCGGCGCGCCGCGCGGGAGCAGACGGCUGGCACUCCGCCACGGCCGCGGAGGUGGACGCCUCGGCGAAGAAGGGGCACGGCCAUCCGGCGGGGCCGAGGAAGCGUCUGAAGAAGUCGUCGGUGAACUGCAUCCCGGCCGACAUGUGCCGGAAGAAGAAGGUGCUGUGCGGCAAGCGGUGCUACAAGACGUCGCACGCUGCCGGCGCCGGCCUCGACCACGUCCCCUCCAACCGGUGCGUCGUCAGGUGCAAGAAGUGCGUGCCCACCUGCUAGAUCGAUCGUUGGUUGCUCCUACCCUUCCCUCUUCUGGGUUACGUGUCGUGUCGUGUCGUGGUGCUCGAUCCGUGCAUGCUAGCUACAUUUGCUUUUCCUUCCAUAGGGUUCAUGCAUCAGUUGAAUAAGCAGGCGGGCUUCCCGCCAUCAUGCAUGCAGUAUAGGUAGUGGAUGGGUUCUACUCUAAAAGAAAUGCACCACGGUUGUGUGCUAAGUUUGAACGUGAUCUCAUCCCAUCUUCUCCCCUGGUGAUGAGUAGUUUCCUGCA